AGGUUGCGAGUCUGCACUCGAAGAAACGGACCAUCAUGGAAAAGAUCUCCACCCCUACCUGGCAAGCAUUGGGAUUUAUUUCGUUGAUCCGAUACUAGACUUCGAGGCCUUAAACUUUUCCUUCGAAGUUCCAGAGACAGCAAAGGGCAGCACAGUGUCAAGUUUGAAGACGUGUCAGGAGGAUAUUACAGGGUGAAAUUAAGCCCUACCGGGCCAGCCUGUCGCAGCCAUCAUAUGACCUGUACGUCGUACCAAUCUGCGACAGUGUGGGUCAACGACACCACCACCCGUUCUGUCAAGAGGAUCAUAGUAACAGCAGUGAUAUGGCGGCCCAGCAAAAAGAAAGCUGUUUGGAUAAUCAGCUUGUCUUCCAGAAAACUUGAAGGUUUACUCGCCAAGUAUUUCUACGAACUUGUGAAAGAACGUUUCAGUAAGACGGAUGUCCUCCUCUUCCUGCCCUGGGCUCAUCCCUCCGUUGAAAAUGAUCCAACUUCUGCACGCGAUAGGGAUGUUUUCUUCAGUAUCCAAGACAAAAUUGCACGGUGCGACUGCAUGAUAAUUCUUUCAGGAGCAGAUAAGUUUUCAGGUCAUGGGCCUGAUGGGGGAGAACCCGGAGCAAGGCUGAAAAGUAUGCUUCAAAAGGUCGACACACGCUAUACUGCCUUAGUCGUAUUUGAUUUUUCCUAUAGCCCUUACGUUAGCCAAACGCUUGACAUACCUGCCCUCUCAAUAUCUAGCGAGAGUGUUGCUGGGUUAGGACGAGAAUUGCGCAGACCAUCUCAUCAUGGCUCUCUCGUAUGUCGAACGGAUAACUCUGAAGUUUCAAAUCCUCUUCUUGAUGGUAUUGAGAAUCAAUAUUUACUACCUCGCGACCGUGAACAAUUCUGUAAAUUUCUUGUGAGUCAUUUCAGUUCCAAGUCGAGCCAAAACCUGGAGCUCUUGGCAACGGUGGGGAGCGGCAAGUGGGAUAUCAUCUUCAGUUUGGCCUGGAAAGUGAAUGAGAACGCUGAGCAAGGGGAACUCCUGUUUGAAAAUGAUGUUAUCACAAUUUACUCUGACAAUGAACACUUUACCACUGGGGCCCGUCAGGAGGAGUCUUCCAAAUACUUCCCACAGUUGAAGAAGUUUAUGCUUCCAUAUAGGUUACACGAUGGACCCAAUGCCUGUUUCAGUCCAGGCGAAUUUCAAGAAACGUGUAAAGAACGAGAAGAUGCUAACAUACAAUCCUCUGAUUCCGAUAAUGGCAGAGGCGACAUGACUUCUAUUGAACAACAGAUCAAACUAGAUCUAUUACAAAACUCAAAUUCGAGUGGCUACGAAUCAAAUUGUGAAUAUUUUAGUCAACCCUAUAUUCAUCAGGAUACCCGGUUUGAAGGUUCUGGAAACGCUGCCUGCUCAGUUGCCCCUCAACAGGAGGAACGUGAGAAAGUUCCACAUGAUUUCGCUACGUCCAUCUUUCCUCCCAGGGAGAUUCACUGUGACUCUGACUCUGAUGACUGGGCCUAGAGGAACUGGAUGAACUGGGAGACGGGUCGCUCCCUCAGAUUACAAAGUUAUGUCUGCUCAGUACCUAGUUUUGAGAAAUUUGACGUCAAAAGGUUUGGUCUUCACAAUAUUAUUUCAAGCCUUUUCGAAUGCAAUUCUGUGAAUUUCUUGAUACCGACUCAGAAUAAUCUUACGAUUUUG